AAGUUGACCGGUUGACGUCGUCGAAAAUAAGUCGCGAAGAAAUACAACUCCCAGAGUGCACCUGUAGUGGUUGACGCUUUACCGUGCAGUUCAUGGCGUCUGGUCGAAACCUUGGGGCUGCUCGCCUUCUGACACACAGAUAGGCUGUCAUAUUUAUAACGGUGCUCGUCACAAUGGAAGUGGCCCAGUCGCUCGGUACCGAUGAGCAGACGCGUUUGACCCAGCUGAGGUUCGACGCGGCCGUCAAAGUCAUCAAGAGUUUGCCACCGAACGGUUCUUUUCAGCCGUCCAAUGACAUGAUGCUGAAGUUCUACAGUUACUACAAGCAAGCCACGGUGGGCAAGUGCAACAUCGCCCGGCCCGGAUUCUGGGACGCCAUCGGCAAAGCAAAAUGGGACGCGUGGAACUCUCUGGGCGAAAUGAGCAAAGAGGAAGCCAUGGCGGCCUACGUGGACGAAAUGAAGUUGAUUUUGGAGGGCAUGCCCAUGACGGGCGAGGUGGAAGAGCUGCUGCAGAUCCUCGGCCCUUUCUACGAACUGGUGGACGAGAAGAGAAAGAUUACGCAGAUAUCGGAUCUCAGCACAGCCCGUUUGACACAGUUUGCUAGGCAGCUGGAAGGCUUCGGCACGUCUCUGAGCAGCGUGUCGUCGAGAAGCGUGGCCAAGAGCAUCGUCAGGACCAUGGAGAUGAACGGAACGCUGGAGGCUCCGCCCGCCAAGUUCGCCACGCCCGAGGAACAGUCUGACGACGACCACGGUGAUGAUGACGCCGAAGCCUCGCGUCGAUUUCAAAAUGGCAAGAUGGCCAACGGACAGGCGCACAUGACAAACGGCGACCACACGCUGGUCAACGGACACCACCUCGACGCAGGCAAGGACGUGACGGGCGGCGCUCAGCUCGCCAGCGACUCGGACAGCGAGGUCUACUGCGACUCGGUGGAUCAGUUCGGCCAAGACGAGAAUCUGGAGCAAAGUCGCUCCCUGGAGGACUUGGACGAAGAUGAAAAAGAGGAAGAGGAGGAGCCCGCGGAGCACCAGGGAGCGCCGCAGGGCGUCAGGUGCGGCGGCGAGGACGGAGAAGCCGGCGGGAGCGCCUCGCAGCGGUCCCGACUCAACGUGGAUUUUCCCAAUUCCAACAUCGGAGUCAGCAGAGGCUCGAGGGCCCUCGGGCGCGGUCCCGGGGCGUCGAAACCCUCGCACGGCGCCGGCGGAGACGACAACGGCGGCGGGCGGCGCGGCGGAGGCGGCGCGUCCGCGGGAAGCUUGAACGAGCAGAUCGUGGCGGCCUUGGCCCAGCUACAGGACGACAUGCGCAGCGUUCUUCAGAGGCUCCACACGCUGGAGGCGCUCAGCGCCACGCAGGCGAGAUCAGCAGCCAUGUCGCCGGUCCACACGCCCGCCUCUGCCAACAAGAACAAUCUGCGGCCAUCUUGGUGGCCUUUCGACAUUUCUCCCGGCAGUUUGGCCUUUGCCGCCGUGUGGCCCUUCGUAGCGCACUGGCUCAUCGGCCUCUACGUCAACAGGCGGAGAAGACGACUGGAUUGAAAGGAAAGAGGACCCGUCCCGGCCGCUGACUUUUGGCGGGAUACGGCCCUGCGUCUAUGCUUUUGCACUAAAAAAAAAAAGACGAAAGUCCCAUGAGGAAACGUGCGUACUCAAAGAAUGUGACGAAUGACGGUUUUCAUAGCAAUUUAGGGCUUAAACUGCUGCACAAGCCUGACGCUUUUUUGAGCUUGACGUGAUUUCAAUCUUUGAAUUUAUUCACCUGAAGCAACGCCGCUAAAAUGAAGAGAUGGAAAACUUUGUGGUUUAGAAAGGAAAAUGUGAAAAUUCUAGUGUUGCCCUGAUACGGAGCUAAAAUCAAGUCAUCUGAUCUGACGCAGUAUGUACAGUGGUAUGAAAAAGUAUCUGAACUUUUUGGAAUUUCUCACAUUUCUGCAUAAAGUCACUAUCAAAUGUGAUCUGAUCUUUGUCAAAAUCACACAGAUGAAAAUAGUGCCUGCUUUAACUAAAACCACCCAAACAUUUAUAGGUGUUCAUAUUUUAAUGAGGAUAGUAUGCAAACAAUGACAGGAGGGGUGAAAAAUAAGUGAAUCGUCACAUUCAAAUUGUGCCCCCCCCUCCCCCUUUGUCAGCAAUAACUUCAACCACACACUUCCUGUAGUUGCAGAUCAGUCCGGGACAUCCAUCAGGACUAAUCUUGGCCCAUUCCUCUUUACAAAACUGCUGUAGUUCAGUCAGAUUCCUGGGUUGUCUGGCAUGAAUCGCUCUUGCCACAGCAUCUCAAUGGGGUCCAAGUCUGGACGUUGACUUUGCCACUCCAGAACGUGUAUUUAUUUUCUUCUGAAACCAUUCUGAAGUCCUCUUUUUAGCUUCAAUGGUCUGAUAGACGGCCUCAGGUUUUCCUGCAAAACUUUUGAAUUCAUUCUUCCAUUAAUGAUUGCAAGUUGUCCAGGCCCUGAGGCAGCAAAACAGCCCUUAAUCAUGAUGCCCCCUCCACCACGCUUCACGGUGGUGAUGAGGUGUUGAUGUUGGCGAGCUGUUCCAUUUUUACUCCACACAACAGUGUGUGUUACUCCCAAAAUAAUUCAACUGUGGUUUCAACGGUCCACAAACUACUUUGCCAAAACUUCUGUGGAGUGUCCAAGUGCCUUUUUGUGAACAUUAAACAAGCAACAAUUUUUUUUUAAACAACAGUGGCUUCCUCCGUGGAGUCCUCCCAUGAGCACCAUUCCUGGCCAUAGUUUUACAUAUAGUUGAUGUGGGCGCAGAGAUAUUGGACUGUGCCAGUGAUUUCUGUUAUGUCUUUCGCAGAAACUCUAGGUUCUUUUUUUACCUCUGUGUAUUCUGAGCUGAACUCUUGGUGUCCUCUAUGGUGGACGGCCACUCCUUGGGAGAGAAGCAACAGUGCCAAACUCUCUUCAUUUGUAGAAAACCUUUCUGACUGUCGAUUGAGGAACAUCCAGACUUUAGAGAUUGUUUUUGUAUCUUGAAGGAAUCUGAUCUUUCAGCCAGACUGCCGGACCCCCGCUGGCGCAGCUCCAACGACUUAGGCCGGCAGGACCCCGGCCAAAAGGCCAAACGCCGUGCGUGCACAUUAGUCUUAACCCUUUGUACACUUUUUACAUUUUGAAAGGUUUAAAAAAGGCUCACCGCAACAAACACUCGGGCGGGGAGGCAAGGUCACACUACCACACGUUAACAAAAGGUUCUCGAGAAAAAAUGAGCACGAUAAACUUUGUCUUUUGAAGGCUCUCACAGGGCGAACCGUGGGCAGGAAGAAGGGUGUGUUUAGGAUAAUUGUCUGUUUGUGGAUUGGACAGGAGGUUUCGAGAGUUAUGUUGUCCGGGCAACGAGGGUUGUGGUUUAUGCCACUUCAGCGUCAAAGAGGCUCUUGGAGUCUUGUCAGUCAUGUUAUCAGUUGGAUAUCGGGCAUUCUCCGGUGUUCCUUGUGUCCCGCCAUUUGUUCUGGACUGUCUGGGAGAACUGAUUGCGAGAGUUGUCGGUGCAAACGUGUGCUUGUCAGCAUCAAUUUUUCUUAGUCAGUUGCAUGACACAUACGUUGGGCUUCCAUGAUAAGAAGGUGUCAUGUAUCUCCUAUGCCCAAUAUUCUGCUAGUUUUCCUUAAACUAUGGUGUAAGUCCUAUUUACUUUGUAUUGGGUGUGUUAGAGUAAUACAAACAGUCAAACAGUAAAUACCUGCAACGAUACUAAUGCAAAGAGUUAGACGGUGCCUACGAGAAAAGGUACUAUCUCCUUCAAUCCUUUCCCAGCUUUAUACAAAGCAACAAUCCUUGAUCGCAGGUCUUUUGACCGAGCCAUGAUGCACAUCAGACAAUGCUUCUCAACAAGACAUUUCUCACCAGGUGUGUGUUUUAUAGUGGGCAGGGCAGCUUUAAAGCACUCAUCAGUGAUAGGGCACACACCUUACUUAAAGAGCAAUUGAAACCAAAUUUUACCAAACAUUUUAAGUCUCCUUAGGCAGAGGGGUCACUUACUUAUUUUUCCCCCCUUUGUCAUUGUUUGAUGCUAUCCUCAUUAAAAUAUGAAAACCUAUAAAUGUUUGGGUGGUUUUAGUUCAAGCAGACACUGCUUUUUUAUCUGUGUGAUUUUGACAAAGAUCAGAUAACAUUUGAUGGGGAUUUUAUGCAGAAAUGUGAGAAAUUCCAAAAGGUUCAGAUACUUUUUCGUACCACUGUACUUUUUGAGAUUGUUUCCAACCGCUGGUUUGGUUGCCCUACCUGAGAUGGCCGUCGCAAACGACGUCCAAUCGUAUACUGCGCCGCUGGGCGUCUGUAUCAGUCACCAAAAUAUGGUAUCAGUGCAACACUACUGUAGUUUGUCAUUCUGAUGUGGAGCUGGAGAAUGGAAAAUUGACUGAAAAAUGAGCAUUUUCUUGUUUUUUUUUUUUCUAAAGAAAAAAAAAAAAAAAAAGACAAAUAUGGAAUUAUAAAACCUAAUAUUAGCACAUUUUAAAUACUUGGUUGAAAAAUCAUCCUAUUUUACAUGAUAAAUUUCCAUGUUUGCCAGCCUGAACAUGAAUAUAUUUAAUGGAGCUUAACAAUCAUGUGGCGUUUUGGGAAAAGUGCCUCCCUUCCUUCGCAUCGUAGCAAAAGGACCAAAUAUUACCUUUCACUACCAUCGACGUCUAUCACCGUUAAUCUCAACCUCUUGACUAUUUGUUUUUUUGUCUGUGCGUGGAAAAUCAUUGUCAUCCACACAAACUGUGUACAACGUGCAGGUUCCAAUGCAAAAGUUGAACCCCUUGAUGCCUCAGUUUGCAUUUAACAUGUAUACAGCAAAACAUUAUCGGGACAUAAAAAUUGCAUUAGUGCAAAAAUGGUAACUAUUGAAAAUUGCGUUUAAAAAAAUAUGACUAAUCUUUAAAAAUUGCAUUUUUUUAUCACGUGCCACUUCCCUCAUAAGGAUUGCGGGAUGCUGGAGCUUAGCCCAGCAUAGUGGUAAUGGGCGGUGUUACCAGCCAAAUGGAAAAAAAUGUUUAUUUAAAAAUAUAGGAAAAGUCUUUUUAUUUCAUAAGUUUUUAUUUUAGUUUUUUUUUUAUUUCCAACUUUUUAACUACAGCAAUUUUUGGACUAUAAGGCGCACUUGAGUAUAAGCUGCGCACCUGACUAUAAGCUGCCACCUAACAAAUUUGACACGAAAACGGCAUUUCUUCGUAGAUAAGCCGCACUGGAUUAUAAACCACAGCUGUCCUCUUUGUAUUAUGGGAUAUUUACAUCAAAAGAUAUUAACUGGGAACACAUUAUUUGACAGCGGCAUCAUAAGAUCAAAUGAACCACCAUGAAGCUUUGAGAACCAAUUGGCUGCAAAGCUUCAUUGCUUCAAGAAGCUUCAUUUGGCCAUCACUGGCCCCUUGGGGGAAGAGUCAACCUCUGCUGUCAACACUGUUGUCGUCCAACAUGCCUCCUAGCAUGCAUUGCAGCGCUACAGAUGUAAAUAACCAUCAAAAUUGAUGUCCUGUGCCAAGUAUUUAAGUUGCUGUUGUUUCAUUAAUUGCUAAAGUAUUUUGUAACACUUUGAGAGUGGCAACAGAAGACUGUCAUAAAACCGUCAUGAUAAUGACAUGACACUGCCACGAGCAGUAACAAGUACUUAUGACUUAUGUCAUUAAGUGUCAUCCAGCAAAUGAUCUCACUUUUGAAUAGAUGUGAAAGUUGGUGACAUAAUCUUCCGGUUGAUACAUCUGCCACAAGCAUUAAUUAAUGCCCAUGAUAGUGUCAUGUCACAAUUAUGACCGUCUUACGGUAGUCUUGUGAUGCUGCUGUAAAAUGAAGUGUUUCCUAUUAACCCAAAUAAACAAAUUACCCGCACAGGAUUCAAAAUGAGGGAAAAAAGUAGCGGCUUAUAGUCCGAAAAUUACGGUAUAUGCCCAAUUUAAAUUUUCCAUAUUCAGUAUUUUUGUAUUAAUACUAUUUUCAUUUAAUGUACAUUCAUGCAUUAAGGGGUCAAUUGCAUUAUCAUGUAUAGUAAAAAUUGUAUUUAUGGGCAAAAGCGCUAUUAUUAAGAGCCAUGUUUGAAUAAAAAUAUUAAGUCAUACUUUACCGAUUGUUGGCAUGUCAUAAUCCAAUAAAAAUCAUAACUCACAAUUGGCUGUUUUAUUUAAGAACCAUAAACAUUUUAUUUCCUUUUUUUAAAACCUACACGUAAAAUGCAGCUCUUGAAUAUAUUAGUGUUUUCAAACUUGAACAUGAAGUGAUUGCACGGAAAAAUAUUUACAAGCUGAAGGCGGACAAAGCGAUGUGCUGCGCGUUGUUCCGGCCCUCGAAAUAGGAUGUGUCCGUCUCGUCCUCGGGUUGAGGGAUGAACGGCAUGGGCUGCGUGUGCAGAUUGUCCCAGUCGCGGCCUUCCAACAGCGGGUGCUGCCUCAGUUCUGUUCAAAGGACAACCACUAUUAACAACAAAUUUUCUUUUUUUUUUUUUUAACCCAACCACACUACCGGUAGCCAUGUUUUUUUGACCUUUAAAUCCCGCCCGCUUGGUUUUGUCCAUGUUGAGGAGGAUUUCAAUGGCGUUCUUGGCGUCGUCCGAUAGCUCCUCCUCACCUUCAGGCCAGGGGAUAUCUUAAGAAAAAGUUUAAAAAUCAGCAUGAGCCUGAUUUGAAAGAAAAAAAAAAGGCUCUUGUGUGCUUCUACUGUUUAGUAUGUCGUCAUCUGAAAAAAUCCUCGCCUACAGAAGGAUGUCCUCUACUGGCCAAUUCUUACAUAAACAUCCCUAAAAUACACCUCCCAAAUCUCAUUGUGAACCGUUGAUGAAUAGCUCAAAAUGAUAGUGUACACACCAACAACAACAACACGAGUCAUAGACUUCAUAAGGAUAUUGACAGAUUCGACCUUCACUGCGCCACGCCUUCAAGUAGGGGGCCAUCCCACAAGCCGCUUGAGUUAUUCGCAGUCGGUUGCAGCGACACAUGCUGAGAUCCAAUACCGGAUUUAUGUUGAAGAAGUAAUAAAGCUGUACCACAUACAAACAGGAAGGAUUGUCU